AGGGUAAACUAUGCUUGAAUGUUUACCGAACCUGCUAACGUUAUCUCAUUAUGAAUUACAAACAAGAGGAUAAUGCCAUUAUCAAUGACACAAUAGUAGGGCACGUAAAAUAUACAGAUUAUGUAAAAUUCAUUUCUCAAGUUGCUUCAUUAUACCUUGGUGUGAGCCAGCAUUCUGUAUGUGAGAGUUUGCUUAAUAAUCAAACGUUCGUUAAAAAUGCACUGUUAGAUAGCAAAGGGGGUAAACCUUUAUUGGUUUCGGCGGACGCUCUCAGCACUGAAAAUGAAAAAUGGGAUAUUCGAACUCACAGAGGAUGGGACGACCUGUUUGGCACAGAUAGAAAAGCUGUGGCAUUUAUAGGCUUAACAUGUUACGGUGAAAAGGUAAUCCAAGAAGACGAUGGAUUGAGUAAGACUAUGUUACCUCUGUUUUGGAAUUGUAAUCUUUCCCCAUGCAAAUUAUCGUUGCAAUUGUUGGAAGACAUCAUUAAUCCAAUACUAAUGAAUGAAAAGUAUAAAUAUUGUGGUGACAAUAAAAGGCACGAUUUGGUUAACGAUGCAUUAAAUUCGAUAAUGCGCACAAUAAAUAUAUUUCGACAGAUUGAUUCGAAGUCAUCGAUCGAACCUCCGUAUUUUGUUAUAGGGGAAUCUCUAAGUAGGGUAGUCACAUAUGGCGGCCCCAAUGCUAAAAGGUGGGAUAUUCAAAUUCCAAGUGAAGCUAUGUUGGAAGACAUCAAACAAAAUGUUGUGCAAUGGUCUGUUGAAGUCGCACGUAUACUCGGAUUAUACCAUAAAAUGUUAAAUAAUGAGUUGUCAUCUGCAACGUCAAGUGUCAAUGACGUAGUAGAUGGAGACAUAAUAUCCUCAGAGACAAUAACUAGCGAUAGUUCUUCUGACACGUAUUCUUCUUUUAGCGACUCAGAUCAAUUUGAAAACUCACAAAGGAUAGAUAUGUUCGAUGGGGAUGCCAAUGUAGAAGAUAGUUCAACAAAACUUUCCAUGGGAUUCCACAUCGAAAAGCCCAUAAACGUCGAGGAAGAAACUACAUUCUGGCUGCACUAUGAAAUGGCUUUGAUGGAUCUCCACGAGCAAUUGUGUUCUCCACUGGUAGAAAAUACAAUUAGUCUAUUGGAAUACAACAACGUAGAUGUAAAAUCUAUAUACUCUUUUGAUGACGCCAUGGAAACAACCUCACGUAUGCUUGAUUGGGUUGAAAAUAUCAAUAUUAUUAUGAGAAGCUUUCCUGUGGGUUAUUUAAAAGGAGUGGGAGACGUUGGUGUUUUAAAGGACGGAAUAUACAUUGUUUUAAAGCACUUGUCAAAGGCAAGGUUUUUAAAGCAUUACAGUUCUAACAAAUUGUCUGACAUAAUAUUAGGGCUCACUGUGGAAAUGCUAGCAUCGUGCGCAGCCAUUAUAGGCGAUGGUAUCAAUAAAGCAAUCGAUGUGGAAUUAAGUAGAGAUUUAUUCAAGUCUAUUGAAGAAAUAAUGACCAUCUGGAACCAUGGGGUAGAGGCCUUGAAAGCUGAUCUAGACAUAGAUGGCAAUUCAACUGUUACAUUCUUCACUGGGGAAUGUAACAAUCGCAUCAGUGAAGCACGGGAUGUUUUGCAAGCGAUCGAGCAAUCCAUUCACAGAUAUUUGUCCAUAUAUGCAGAUGCGGCAAUUAUUGUGGAAAUGAAAAUAGUUUUCAAUGGGAAUCUUCAACAUGAAAAUAUAAAAUAUUGUGAAAAGAUCGUUGAUGUUAUAAAUCAAUCCAAUUCACUUUGUAAAAGCAUGUUGGAUUCAUAUUCUUUAAAUAUAAAAAAUAAAAUCCAAGUGAAUGAAUCAUUCGAUUUUAACGACAUCCUACCAUGUGUUCAUACGUUCAACUUUGCUUUGACACAAAUCGAAAAUACUAUUAUGACAACGUUUAGAUCAUGUAUAUCUGAUAUUAGCAACUUGGAUAGUAUACCUCAAGUGUUGUAUUACGUUACACAGUUCUCCUCUUGUGAAGGGGGGUAUUUGACCGACGUUUUUGAGAAUGUGGUCAAUAUUAUUGCCGACGAAGUUGAAGCACUAGAAACUAUCACAACGAUGCCCAACGUCAAUAACGUAAACCCUGUGUAUUACAUCACGAUAAGUGAUUCAGGGGCAGAGGCGCAUAACAUUGCAAGGAUAAAAGGGAAACUAAUGGUUCUAGAAAAGAUAGUGAAAAGAUUAGGUCUUGUUGUGGGUUCAGAAACCAUAAAGAAUUUAAUUAACAAGAUGGGGAAGCUUCAUGAGAAUGUUAACACCUUGAUAUUACAGUGCUCCACGGAAUGCGGCCUUCAAAUGUGCCGAAAGAUGAUUGACAUCACUAAAGGUGAUGUAGAAGAAAUGCAAUGUGUUAUCUUAUAUCCAUUUGACAAUUCUUUAGACAACUUAGGAAAAUGGAUGUAUAUGGCUUAUUUCGGUAUGUCGGUUGACUAUGAAUCUACAGCAGAAAUGCACACUAUUCUAUCUAUAGUUCUGAUUGUGAGACAUAUAUUUAGAUCAUUUAAUGAAAUAGGGGAGUUGAAAGCAAUAUAUGAUAAACAGAACAGUACUAAUGCGUUGUACCUUCCCGAGCCCUUCUCAUUGGCCAUACAAAACAUGACAUGGGAAAACCUCAUGAUUCCUGACACACUUGAAACUGUCUACAAUAUCGUGCACUCUGAAUUCCUAGACACUUCUCGGUCUGUGGCUCUGAUAGGGUUUCUGGAGGAUAUUAAACCAAUCAUAUCAACUCUUACAGCUACACAACUCUUAUUAACCAUUCUUUCCUAUGUAAAAUCAAUUAAAUCGUCCGAAGAAACGCAUGUAGACUAUGAAGAAUCUUGUGAUACGAAAUACAUUAUAGAUAUGGUACUUUUAAGCAUCAAAACAUGGAACGAAACGAAGGCAAACAACAUAACUAUGCAAUUAGAACACGAAUUGUAUAAUAAUUCCCGUAUUACUGUGACAUUCAAAGAGGAAGACAGUUUGUUGCAUAUGGACCCUACAAUUGAAACGUUGAAGGGUGAUUUAUAUAAUGAUAUAGCGCCAAAAAUUAACGCCCCGAUGUAUUUACUUAAUGAAUUGUCCGCACUUUGUAAUGUUGUGGACAGAGAAUUGGAAAAUCUAUUCGACUGUCUCAUUGACACCAUUAAAAGAAAAAUAGAUUCAAUAUUGACAAACUUAGACAAUGAUUUUCAACGCCACAAAAAUUUCAUAAACCAUUGGGAAACACAUUUUAUAAUGUUAUCGAACGAGAAUGCAACAACUAGAAGAUUGGUCGAAGAAUUAGACAAAUUAGAACAGGGGCUGUUAACAAAUGACAACCCGGUCGGACCUGCCAACAUGCUGAUACCCGAAAGAAUAAAAUACCAACAAGUAAAAAGGUUGGAAAUGAAUUUAUUUCAAAUUGUAUGCAAUCAUGCAUUGAAGGAAAGCCGAAAUAUUUUACAACAAUUAUCUGACAUUGGAAUGCAAAGAGAUAUUUCACCAUCGAAUAAAACGGAAACAAAUUUGGACAAAUGGCAGUUUGAGGUUAGCAUCCAGUUACCAAUGAAACAUACCAGUAGUCAUUGGCAAAUAGAAGAUCUCAUUAAAUCAGAUGAAUUUAAAAAAUUGCUGGCAUGUAUGACUGAACAACCAUUUGAGCCGACUGAUGCAAAAUCAAUUCUCAACACAUACGUUGAUUAUUGCAUACGUUUAGAUCCAUUUCUCAUCUCACUGUAUAAUGCGUUUGCCAAAAACGACAAAUUGACAUCACAACAAGCCGCAUGGACAUCCCAUGCUGAUGCAAUUUCUACGUUAGAAAAUAUAUGUAAAGAGAAGUCAUUAGAUCCACCGAAUGGUUGGAUAUAUUCAGCAACAAUAAAAGAAAACGUUGAAUUAUUAUUCGAUAAUGCCGAUCAGCAUCUGGAUGAAGUGAUGUUAGAAGAUUUAAAGCCUAUAUCGCAACUUCCCGUUGUUUAUGAAAAGCUUGAACAUCUUCUUGAUUUGACAUGGCAGAAAACCAAAGACAAAAUUGACCAAGGAUAUAUUGACCACAAUGACAUUUUAUGUACAAUUGAGCAUAUUGCAGAAACGGAAAACCUGUUGGGACGGCAAGAUUUGGCUGUCAGAGAACUCCUAGUCCAAUUUUCUUUUGAAUUGCACCUAACUACUAAUACGGAGCGUUUCAUUCAGCUUAGUGAUUACAAAACACAAUGGGGGAAUGCAAAAGUGUUCUUAAACGAAUAUGAUAAGAUAUUAGAACAAGACACAAAAACAACCACAAAACAAAACAUCGUGGAUAGAUUAACCUAUGUUGAUGAAGGUUUAAAUAAAUUAAACUCAGUAUGCAAAGUCAUGAAAAAUAAAGUAAACAAAAUAUACUCAUUGUUGAAUGGUACAAUAGGAACCUAUUUAAACAAUGAUGAUUUCAUAUUACGUCUCAAAGAUUAUUUGAGCAAUUUCAAAUCACCAGAUAUAAAACUCGAGGAGAGUAUCACAAUCAACCAAUGGUUGCUUAUACAUGAUACAUGUUCAGAAGCUGUUAACUUUGUAUUAAAAUCAUACGAAUUUAAUAAAAUGGUUAGAGAUUGGAUUGAAACGCUAAGUGAAAAAUAUGAUACGAUGGAAUUACCUUGCAUUGAAAACACUAUUCCUUUAUGGGAUGUACCACAUGAUGGGAGCAUCGAAAUACCUCAUUGGAAGAAUAUAAAUAGCACUUCAAUAAUGUACGCCAUAGACGAUUCUUUAGCAAUUCUAAAUACAUACAUCAGUUCAAUAUAUGCGGAAGAAUUAAAAGGUGACAUAAACGAAUGGAUAACCACUUUGUCGGGUGCUAAAAUAGAGAUAGAAAGAUGGAAGAAUACUGAAACACAAUUACAAUAUUUGUACAAUUUGUUUAGGUCUUCAACCGUACGAAAGAAAUUGGCUAAUGAAGCACAAUUACUUAACUGUAUUUUAAAAGAAUACAAUAUGAUAACCGUUAGUCUAACAUAUGUAAAUGACUUGUCUCGCUGUGAAGAAAAACUCUCAGAAAUUGCAAAUUCUAUAAAAGACCUAGAAGAUCGACUGGGGAUUUAUUUAGAUGAGCAACGCUUUAUUUGCCCUAGGUACUUUUUCCUAAGGGAUGAUGAAUUGUUUCACAUUAUCGGAAUGGUUAACAUCGAUGAGAUGAAGUCGAACAUAUCAAAGAUGUUUCCUGGCAUAUUUGCAUUGGAAUGCAAUGAUGGAUCUAUAACUGGUAUUAAAUCGAAGGAUGGCGACAGUCUACCUUUGGACGAAAAUAUUAUCUACGAAACCGUCGAGCCUUACAAAGUUCUGAUGGACAUGCAUACUUCUAUUAAAAAUAGCAUACGCUCACAAAUUUUGAGAUGCCACGAAGAAUUUACUCCUAUAUAUUGUAACGAAAAAAUGAAUCCAGAUGCAUUUUGGGGAUGCUUUAGUCGUUACGUUUCACAAGCAUUGGUGGUAUCUUUAUCCGUCAGUUGGACACGAUGUAUGGAAUCAACAAAAAGCUCCAACGAGGCAACAAAUCUGCAUAUUCUGUUAAAUAAGAUGAUAGAUAUCUUAUCAAAACCUCCCCAAACCUAUAUUUCGCAACGUAAAAAAAUGGAAAAGAUAUCUAUAGUGCUUAUAUAUCAAUUGCAAAAAUCUAAACUUCUUCCAUUGCAAAAUUUAGAGAGCUGGGAUUGGCAACGUUGCAUACGGUAUUACAUCAACAGGAAAAACGAUGUAGAGCUUCAUAUUGGUCACAAAGUACACAUUUAUGGAUAUGAGUUCAUGGGAGUAGGCCCUCCUAUGAUAAUCACUCCAUUAACAGAAACUUGCUUAAUUUCCAUAUCGGAGGCCAUGGAUAACUGUUUGAUUCCAAACCCUCAAGGCCCUGCAGGAACAGGAAAAACAGAAAGUAUUAAGGUUUUGGCUGAAUUGUGCGGACAUCCAUUUUGGAUUUUCAAUUGCAGCGAAGGUUUCGAUUCUAUUUCUAUGGAAAGAAUAUUCGCUGGAUUAUGUCAGAUGGGAGCAUGGGGCAUAUUUGAUGAGUUCAAUAGGCUGAUCGAUGGAGUUUUGUCUUCUAUUGCUGAGAAAAUACAGCAGAUGAUCAAGUGCAAAAAAGGGAAUAUAGGCGAUAUAACAUUGGUAAAUCGAAAAAUCUUGUUAGAUAAAAAUGUUGGAAUAUUCAUUACUAUAAAUCCUGGAUAUAUCAGCCGUAGACAGUUUCCAUUGAACUUGAGAAAGUUAUGUAGACCCAUCAUUAUGGAAAAUGUCGAUCUUAAACAAAUAAUUCAUGCAAUGUUAAUGUUGAACGGUAUAUCGGACUCAUCACUUGUUUCCAAAACACUUUGGGAUAUCCUCCAUUGCUGUAGAAUAUGUUUUGGUGAACUUAUAUAUGAUUUCGGCUUAAGAUGUUCCAAAAGCAUCCUACUACAUAUCAGUAUGAAUCUGCACCGGGAUAAUAACAAGAAUCCAUAUAGCGUAUAUUCUAUUAUUGACUACUUAAAGACUGCAUUGUCAACAGUAAUUUUACCGCGUUUGCUCUCAAACGAAAAAUGCGUCCUAAACACCGUAGUUGUGGGUUGCUUACCCAAACAUAUUGCGCAACCUGAUCUGAUCCAUCAAACAUCUGAUGAUCAACAUGAUGCGUUCGUAAAAUUAUUCGACUCACAAUAUGAGACUCUUUCUGAGGUGCCCAAUUUAAAAGAAAAGUGUAGCACGUUGUUUAGCCUUAUGAAACUUACGAAAGGCAUCAUUUUGUAUGGUCCAUCAGGAUCAGGCAAAACAUUAUGUUUGAGUGCUACAGUGAAUAUAAUGAGACAAAUAAAUGGUGGCAAUUAUGAUGUAAUUAGGUUUGAUCCCAAUGCAAUAGAUCCCAAUGAAUUGUAUGGGAACGAUAAUAAUGGAUCGUGGCAAGAAGGACUGUUUUCCUACACAUUACGGCAGUACAGCUGCUCACCAAGAAAUUUAAUAAUUAUAUUUGAUGGAGAUAUAUAUUCAUCAUGGGUGGAAAAUAUGAAUUCACUACUUGACGACAACCUGGUAUUAACAUUAACCAAUGGCCAUCGUAUUCCUUUGACUCCAAAUGUAACAAUUCUUUUUGAAACACACAGUUUACAACACGUAACGCUAGCUACAACGUCACGAUGCUCUCUUAUAAGAUUUGAAAUUAAGGAAUCCUACUUGUGUAUACCAGAAUACAAAUCUUAUUUUGAUUUUCUUGAUACAGACAUUCGAUUACAUAGGUACCACUUAUUUAAGGCUCUAUACCUAAGCUCUCAUGAUUAUGUAAAUUUCAUAUUCUCUUUUGCUUUGUCAUAUGGAUCAUAUAUGGGAAAAUUAGAAUGGCAAAGCUUUCUAGAUAAAAUUGAUGAUAUAAGCAAACCAAACGAACAGCGAAUAGUAUACACGGCAGCAGCGGGACAAAUAGUAGGCGAAAGUAACAAUAGUGAGUUGCAUAUCAUUGUCAAAACACUAUUAUUACAUGGUAAUUCUGCAGUAUUUACGUCAACACAAAAUAGUGAUUUAAGUGUUAUAAUUGGAAAUAUAGUGAGCUCUAUAGACGGGUGGUUUUUAGUAACUAUGUACCUUUCUAAGAACGCUGGUAGAAAAGCUAUUAUGAAAGUAUUACAGAAACAUACGGUUAUUACUUUGAUAGGGUCAAAUUUAACAAUGCUACCUAUUGAGAAACUUGAUGGUGCAUCGCGUAUGGUUUUGCUUAUAGAGGAUAUUGAUUGUUUAACAACAGAACCGACAGAUUUGCAAUGUUGGUCACUCAUUAGGGAAUUGGUUGAAUUCAAAGCCUUGUUUACAAAAAAUGAAACAGAUAAUUGGACAAAAGUGCAUCUAAAAGACAUUUCAAUUUUCUUAGCAACAAAACAACCAUCACCUAAUUUAAUCCCGCAGCGUCUUAGGAAAUCAUUACCCGUGAUUAACAUAGAAUUGUUACUUGAUUGUCGCAAUUAUACACAACUUACAAUCCCUGGGACUGUAGAUGAUACAGAAUCAAUUGAAUUUGAUGCAUCACAAAGAGAUGGAUUUAGGGAUAAACUGAUCUAUUUAAAUAUAGACUUGUCGACUAUAGAGCAUUUUAGUGAAUCCUUUCAAACACUAAGACAGUUUUUACAGCAGAAAUGCAAUAGAUUGAUCAUUAUGGGUUGUGAUAUGCAUUUAAGAAAGAUACUUUGUGAAGCAACGUCAAGUUUCAACGGAUACAAAAUCACAUGUCUCGACCAUACAAGUUGGAAUAGCACCAUGGUAAACGCAUUUCAAAAUGCAGUAUUCAAAUGUGAGAAAAUAUGUAUAUAUAUUGACUGGGACCUUCUUGUAUUACAAUCACCAGAGGUCGCCUGCGAAAUGAAACAUAUGAUUAUCACUGGAGAUUACUCGUCAAUUCUAUCUACGGAUGUAACAGAUAUAUGUGAAAACAAAGCUCAUUUGACAGAUGUUGAAAGCUCUGGACAGGACAUACAAAGGAGUGUAUUUGGACAUAUUAAAUAUAUUAUAUCUACAAAAACACAAAAUGUAGACGCAUCAUUAAUUAGCAAAAGCAUGUUACUAACGCUCCCUCAUCUUUCUAGUAACUUCAAAGCAAGUGUACAAAAUGCUUUAAUGCCAGCAGACUUCAAAUUUGACAUGCGAAAGAUAUAUGAUAUAUACGUUGGUAAAUUUAGGCAGAAAUCCAGCUUAAGCGAUUUUUUGGUUUAUAUCAUUUCAACCAAGGAUAAUAUUAUUGAUAAUAAAACAGCACAUAUGACUGAAUAUAAGCACUUUGAAACUGGAAUAAAAAGAAUAAAUAAUGCUAAAAGUGAAAUAGCGUCAAUGCAAACAAUAUUGGAUAGUCAAAGAACCAAGUUGGUUGAGAAAAAUGAAGAAGCCAAGAUAAAAGUAGACCAAAUUACAAAAUUAAAAAAUGAAGCUAAGAUUAAACAAGAGAAAGCGAAUGAAAUGAAAAUAUCCUUAGAAAAAGAGAAAGGCGUUUUAAUAGAUAGAAACAAGGAAAUACAACAUCAACUUGAAGCAGUAGCUCCUCUCAUUGAGGAAUCGCAAAAAGAGAUUGAAUCUAUAAAUCGAAAAAGCCUGGACGAAUUGCGCAGCAUGAGCAAUCCCCCAUCGAUUAUCAAAGACACUAUGGAAAUGGUAGUGCUUCUUUUAACAAAUUCUACUUCUUCUAACAUCGCAUGGGAUAUAUGUAGAAAAGUUAUCAAAUCUGCAGAUUUUAUUACAAAGAUAGUACAAUUUAAUACUCAAGCAUUGAACCCCGUAACGGUAUCGAUUGUUAAAGAACGGCUGAAAAACCCUUCAUGGGAUAAAGAUAGAAUAAGCAAAGCUUCUAAAGCAGCUGGCCCGCUUGCCAGGUGGGUAGAAUCAAUUUUGCGUUAUGGUGAAAUAGCAUUAAAUGUAGCACCACUGUUAAAAGAAGUGGAAUUACUUAAAGAAUCGAAUGCUAAAAAUGAAGAAUUGUUGAAUGCACAGUCAGAGUUAAUUAUGAAUUUAGAGAACGAUAUAGAUCAAUAUCAGGUCGAAUACUCAGACUUAGUUCAAUCGAUAGCCGAUGUUAAGACGGAAAUCGAAAAUGCAUCUCUACGCCUUGUACGAUCGGAAAAGAUUAUGUCAAACUUAUCUACUGAAGUUGGCCACUGGAAUAAUUCCAUAGCCACUCUGGAAAGGAACAAUGACUGUAUCAUAGGGAAUGCAAUACUUGUAUCAAGUUUAUUAAAUUUAUGUGGGAUGAUGAAAUCUCAUGAUCGUAAAAAGUUUUAUAAGAUGGUAACAGAUGUGUUAAAGCAAGAAGAAAUUAAUUACUCCGUUGAUCCAUCAUAUCUUGAUGAUUGCACAAGCCGUAUGAUCCAAAGCAAUAUGAAAUAUCGCCACUGUAUCAUUUUGGAUGCCACAGAUAUGAUGUAUAUUAAGUACAUCGAUGGUGAUUAUAAAAAAGUAUCAGCAUGUGAUGAACAUUUUUUGUCUAUUCUGUACGCUAGCAAAAAAUGCAACUUGACAUUAGUCAUCACUGACAUUGUAUAUGCUCAUACAAACAUUAAACAUGUCAUAUUAGAUGAGGUUCUCAAUAAAGGAAAAGGGCUAAAAAUUUUAUUUGAAAUAUCUACUGACGAUAUACGACGUUGCGAACAGUUAAAAACAGAAGAUGAUCACUAUAUACAGAAUAUCUUUGAUUUGUGCUAUAAAUUGCGGUUGAAAAUGACAGAAGAACAUUUUAAUUCCUUUUGUUUAGAUAUUUUAAUGAAGGAAAUAAACCCUACUUUAUACAAUGCCCACACGGAUGUGAUAAUAACACAGCAUGAAAUAAAAGGAAAAUUACAUGGAAAGGAAGAUGAAUUGCUUGGUAUCUUAUCUACAACCGAGGACAUCUUAGCUGAUAACUUAUCUGAUUACCUCGAUGAAUAUAGGAACGAGAGGGACAAGUUACAUGAUUCACUGUCUGAAUGUGAAAAAGUGGUUGACCGAUUUAACAAAUUCAUUAUGGAGCACUCGGAUUUCACAUCGCUCAUAUCUUCUUUAUAUAACACCAUCAAAAAACUUGAAUCGAUAAAUAGCAUGUACGCAUUUGAUGUAUACAUGUUAUUACACGCUAUGAAAAACUGUCAUUCCAGGCCGCUUCGUAAUCAGGUCUUAAUCAAAGUUGUUUAUAGCUGGGUUUGCCAGUCUAUAUUUACUGAUGAUCUACUGAAUUGGACUGUAGAUAUAUUGAACAUAUAUUACAAUCAAGUUGACAGGUGCGCCGACAUAAAUAAUCUAUUAGAAGAAAUAUCACAGCCCCAAUCCGAGUCAUCAAAACUUUAUCAAAAAAUUGAGCAUAUGAGACAAAUAUACUUGCAAUAUGAUGAUUCCUUACUUUUUGGAAUACAAACAGAUAUAUUUGACUAUUACAAUCUGAUAAUAGUUGUUACCAAGAGCUUUGAUGAUCCAACAGAGUUCUUAUAUUCUUACGCUACAUCAAAGGGUCAUGAAUUAAAAACACUAGCAAUGUCUACCCUUGCCGAUAUGUCAUGCAUUAUCUCCAAUAUAGAAGUAUUACUAUCAGAAGGCUAUUGGGUAGUAUUGAAGAAUGCCCAUCUAAUGCCUUCAUGGUUCGAGAGAUUUGAGUGUCAAUUUCCAAAUAAAUCUGAUUCACCCAAGCUUUUUGUCACAUGGGAUCAUACUAUGUCUAUUAAUCGAAAUAUUAUGCUACGCCGUUACCGCCUUAUAUAUCAAGGUGCUGAUAGUUUUCAAUCUACUUUUCACAGGUUAUAUCAACUAUACUCCCACUUAUUUAUUGACUGCGAUCUUAUCAAAAGCCACCUGAUGAUGAAAGCAGUUCUUGUACACGCAAUCAUCAUAUGUCGCCAAUCAUAUAUUCCCUAUGGGUGGACUCAAAUGUACCUGUUCGAUUUGAACGAUUUGUCUCUAGCAUUAAAUGCAACCACACGCUUUCUAGAAAUUCAUUACAACGAAUUGAACAGUUACAAUGGUUCGAUAUUAGAAUUCCAGCAGUCAUCGCUACUACUUAAGGAUUGGAAGACACGCAUAUACGAGAUCUACCAACCUAAAAUAUCACAUGAUCUUGAUUGUAAGAUUUUGUAUGAUAUUAUUUGUUUCACCGAUAUUGGUAAAUAUAUAAUACCUCUACCUUCCCUAAAUAUUUUAGAAUGGAUUGAGAUGAUACCGAACGAUAGAACAUCUUCAUCAUUGAUCGGGUUACCCGAUUUUACGGAAACACUGAUGCUUGAAUCUAAGUUUAGAAAACUCAGAAAUUUUAGAAUGUCCAGCGCAGCACAUAUUACCCAAGAUACCACAUGUAGCAAUAUCGCAUCGUAUGAAUCGUUAAAUAUAUUUGACGGUCAAAUGCCACUACUCGAUGCCGCUCUGCAACGUCAAUGGAGAAAGUUGCCUAUGAAACAUGACGAAAGAUAUAUAGCUUCUGAGUACAACAAACUUAAAACCAUGUUUGAACAGCAAGUACCAGUUACGGUAAACUUCGAUGUAUUUGCGGAACCCUUAGAAAUAUUGGACAUUUUAAGAAUACAAGCUUCAAUAUCAUCUGGUUUUGAUCUCGAUAAUUUGAUAUUAACGGCGGGACUCUUUCCUGUAGUUAGCAAUCUAGAUAUAACUAAUAUUGCAAAACGUACAUGCAACUGCAAACCCAUUAAUGGAAAGCUACUAAUUGAUCAUUUAGAACUAAUGGGCGCGUCAUAUGACUGCAAAACUCAUCGUAUAUGUAUACCAACAGAGACAUCAGUUGAGUCACGGGAACCUACUCAGGUUUUAGUAGAAUGGAUACGGCAUACAUGCAACAUUAAACAAGAAACAGUAUUAUUACCAAUAUACAACUCCGAAGGAAAACUAAGCUACAGUUUGAAUUUUGCUAUUAACAAAGAUGAUGAUCUGAUAUAUCUGAGAAAUGUGCAUCUAAAGGCAAUAGGUUAAAUGCUCUUCGGUUUGAACUUUUCAUUCCAC